UGGGCGCGGGAGCGAGGCACAUGCAGGGCCGCCAUUGUUCCGCUGAGGAAAUUUACGCACAACUCGCUGGAUUUCAGUCCUUCAUUUUGCCAUUUCACACAAGGAUUCACAACUUGGAACUUGUACCACGUACAAGAGUAUUGUAUUGAGAACUGUGAAAGGACACUUUGUUUGUUCUAUUUGGAUUAUCACUCUGGAUUCUCGUGUAAUGUCUGCGAGCGUAGAUCAGAGAUCGAAAGGCCAGCCGUCUGCAGUAGCUAACGGACCUGGAAGUGGAGGAAACAAGGAAACGGUGAAGGAAGGAGAAUUUGAAGCCUACUUCAGCCAACCGCAUCAGGGAGCUUACACAUCUGCCCAACAGAUGUCUAGCCCAGGUGUUUCGGACGCUUACAUGCAGAACUAUUACAACCCUUAUCCUUACUUGACCACCGGACUCGGAGACACUGCUUGGUCAAAUGGCGGGGACCCCAUGUCCUUCCUUGGCUACGGCCAGAUGAGUGGAGACUAUGUGUCCAGUAAUGGAAUGUUCCCUGGCUUUGACUACCAGCAUGCAGCAUUUGCCUGGGGUUUCCCCGGGACGGAGUAUGCCUGGGGUGCGAACUCUGCCGGGGCGCAGCAGGGAGGGGGGCGUAAGGACUCUCGGGGUUACGGACAGGACGAGUAUUACCAUCCGGACAGUAUGGGCCCCUCGGAGAGUUAUGCCAUGAACGGGGACAUGGACAGGGAUAACGGACUUAAGGGCAUGGAGCAAGGGUUUCAAGGGAUGACUCUGGUGAAUGAUGGAGGGGUGGACUCAGGGACUGAGGGGGUGGCUGUGAAUGUGAACUCUGGCUCUGGAGGAGGGGGGAUGGGCCACGGUGGGUCUGGCGGACAAGGCGGUGUGUCGCUAGGUGGUGGCGCCCCCAAGAAAAUGACUUGGGCGUCCAUUGCCAGCCAGCCAGCCAAACCUCAGCCUCAGAUUAAGUCUAAGACUAUCCCCCGUGCCCCAGUACCUCCGGGAAAGCAGAAUAUGGAUAUAGGACAGUGGGACAAAGCCAAUGCGGCUAAGCAGGCGGGACAGGCGCGCCAGGCGUGGGGGCCGCCCCGCAAUCGUGGCUCAGUGCAGCCUUAUUCCACCGGACCAUCCGCCAAUGCCCCCAUGUCGAACUCUGGCAAUGCAGGGCUGGCCAACAUCUCGGCUCCCGCGGCGCCCCCAGCAUCCUCACACCCAGUGUUGGACAAACUGAAAUCGGCGAAUCAAUAUAACCCCAAGGAGUUCACUGUCCCCAAAAAUUCACGUUUUUUCAUUAUUAAGAGCUAUUCAGAGGACGACAUACAUCGUAGCAUCAAGUAUAGUAUUUGGUGUUCAACGGACCACGGAAACAAGAGGUUGGAUACGGCUUAUCGCCAACAGGAAGGCAAAGGUCCUGUGUACUUGUUGUUUUCUGUGAACGGAAGUGGACAUUUCUGUGGAGUGGCGCAGAUGUUAUCGCCUAUCGACUACAACCGGACGAGUGGCGUGUGGGCGCAGGAUAAGUGGAAAGGACAGUUCGAGGUCAAGUGGAUUUACGUCAAGGACGUGCCCAACUCCCAACUGCGACACAUUCGCUUGGAGAACAAUGAGAAUAAACCUGUGACUAACUCCCGUGACACGCAGGAAGUUCCACUGGAAAAGGGGAAACAGGUGAUGAAGAUCCUCCACAGCUAUCGGCAUACCACCUCCAUUUUUGAUGACUUUGGACACUACGAGAAACGCCAGGAGGAGGAGGCGCCGGAACAGGCACACAACUCCAAGAAGUCUGGCCAAAAGGGGUCCUACAAAAACUAAAGUAUGCCACCUGAAGGCAGAGUUUCGCUGGAGGAAGAGUUCUAUAUAUAUAUAAAUAAAAGAGGACCGUUAGAAGAUGUUAUAUACAUGUAAUCAAUCGAACUUUGUGACUUCUUUAAAAUUUAGAAAACAAUAGUAAAGCCUGAAAAAAAGAAAAGGCUGAAUUAUUGGUAUUAUAUUCUACAAUUACUAUUAUUAUAUAAUUGAUAGGUGAACGUGUUCAAAAUGCUACUGAGAGUUAACAAGCUAAUUGAAAGAAAAAUUAAGGGCGUCAUUCUGAUCUAAGGCUAGUAAUUCUUGUUGGUAUAUUACCACACGAUCAAUAUUUUCUGUACAGAUUUUUUUUUCUGUUGAGCAUUUAUGUAAAUCCUCUGUCAAAUUUGCAUAUAUGUUGAUUGUAAUCUGAAAUUUGCAUAUGUGUUGAUUUUAUUCUUUUGGGCAUCUUGUAAUUAUUCUGAUCACUAACGGCCAGGAUUUUCUGUCGCAGGCUUGGCAUCUCUUGUUCAGACCAGGGCCCUGUCUAAUCUUCUUUGUCGUUUCUUUUGUUGAAACUACAUGGUGUUGCCUCAAGAAAAAGCCAUUUCGCAAUUCUUUCUUCAUUGCCUUGUUAUAAUCAAUAUUAUGAUUUUAUUUUACUUUCUGUUGAGUAAUUCUUUAUAGUAAGGUGUUGUCAGUGUCCCUCUUCGUAGCUACUUGUAGUACAUGCAAAAAUUUAGAGGAUUUUUUUCCAGCAUCUGUAAUCCAAGAUUUAUUAAAUAAUUAUUAAUUUUUUAUUUAAUUUUUUACGAUUGCCAGACAUCAACUCUCGGGAACACUAUAAAAGUCAGUUGUGGUACAUGUGAUUAAAAAAGAAAGAUGUUGCCUUGAAAUGGGAAUGAACUCUCGCUCUUCUAUGUGAUUACACUGAUAUGUUUAGGACCUUUCUGGGUUUUGAGUUGUAAUUGGUAAAAUUGUUUUAAGUACUCUAACUUGACUCUGGUAUUGUUAAGCCAACAAGGCUGCUUUAAUAUUGUAACAUCGUUGAGAAAUGGACACUGUAUCAUCUUUAAGAUGGAGAAACCUUGGUCUAGAGAGACGGGUUGUUUGGUUCAGCAAAAGAUACCAAUGAUUUCUGUUGUUUUGUGACCUUUCUAUUUUCUUGACUUUGAUCUAUAAAAUGAAGCCGGUUGCAAGUGGUUCAGUAUAAUAAAGAACGACAGUAUCUUGGAAUUAGAAUCAACACUUGUUUCUUGUAAUGCUGGGUUGGUUCAUUGGUAGUAAACGUGGUUACCUGGCCUGUUCGUCCACUGGAUACCUGCUUGCUUAGCAAGUAGGCAUUUUACUUGCAGAUCUGAAGGAGAACGUGAAUACAAACUGACGAGAAAUUAUCUUAACGCUUGAACUUAUCGCAUUGACCUAGUCUGUAGGCAUUAUUCUGGCCUGUUAUUUUGUGAUUGAUUUUUCGAGAGUAAUAAUAAUACCUGUUAAAUAAAUGAACGGGAAUCUAAAUCCGA